AGAACUGCCUGAUGAGAUGUUGCAAUGUCAACUUAGAAGAGCCUAAUGGCUGCCACAGUCAGACGGAUGACGAUGACUUCAUGCUGGAGAAGCCUCUGGGCUUCCUGCCCCUCCACCACGAGCUGGACAGUGGUCUGGGCUGGACUGAUGGCUCCCUCCACCAGGGGGACCUCUCAGGGCUGGAGACCGAGGAAGGAGGCCUGGAGGACUGCCAUUCACAUGGGGCCCUUGCGCCAGGGGGUUGUGGGGGCUUCGGAGGCGGUGGCUCUCCUUCUUCUGAGUCGUUUAUCUCUUCAGAGCUCAGUGACUCAGGCUUCUACAGUGUCAGCACCGGGGAGUUCAGGCACUUCCAGAGGCUGCUGGAGAAGCGAAUGCGGCUGUACAAUGCCAGGCUGCAACAUCAGGGAGAACCCUGUGAGAGGCGAGAGCGGCGUGACAGCUGCCCCAAGAGUCACCGCGAGCUGUUGGAGGCCAUCCCCGAGGCACUGACCAUGCAGCCGCAGUGUCAGCGCCUUCAGCUUGGGAUGGAGGAGGGUGCCGGGCCCGUCAUGGACCACCCACCCCGUGGACUUUUCAGGGUGUCAUCGGUCCAGUUCCAUAAAGCCGAUCGGCCCUGUCUGAAUCGUCACAGCUCCAGCAGUGGAGCCCUCUUCAACCCUUCCCAUUCCCACGCUGCAGUCUCACGAAUGACAGGCCCAGUCCUCUCCACCUGCAGUACCCCCUCCAGCCACCGGAGACCACUAGUACCUAUGCAGCAGCACCACCAUGGCUCCAGCUCAGUGGGGAUGCUGAGGAGAAGCCGAACGCUGCACCAUCGCCCUCCGCCACAGGAGUACCGCCGCCGGGCCAGCCACCCAGCUUCCCCCUCCUACUGUGCAGCAACCCUGCACCACUGUGGAGGUGUUGUGCCACAUAACGUCCUGCCACCAGGCCUGCCAGAGGAAGGUGAGCUAAUGGCAAGUGUGAUGGCUUCUCACCCAGCAGGCCUGGCCCUCUCAACCCAACAACACCCCACCACUCUGGGGCACAUCAGGGGUGCUAACACCCAUGAGCAUUUCUAUGACAACAACCCUAACAUCCAGCUCAGUCACCAUGACUGGUGGCACUCGCAACAAAGAAACUUGAUGCCUGAGCCACUGGUGACAGAAAGGGACAGGGAGAUUGAGAGGGAACUGGAACAAAAAAGGCAGAUGCAAAAGGAGAAAGAACUGGAGAGGGAGGCACAGAUUCAGGAGGAGAUGGACAGAGAGAGGCAGCAGGAGCUGGAGAAGAACCGAGUCAGAGAGCAGCAGCACCUCCAAAGCCUGGUCCACCCUCCUCAGCCUGGGGACGUCAAUGACACAUGGCCCAAACAGGCCUGUCGUCAGUCCCAGGGCGGUGGGGGAGGCAGAGGUCUCUAUAGCACCUUGGAGGGCCACACAGGUGCUGGCUCUGCUGCUGGAUGGGAUGCAAAGAAAGGACACAUGAAUGCGUGUUCAAGCCCCAAUCCCUCUUGUGGUCUGCAGCCAAAACUUCAUCCCAGCUCAAAACCCAACACGACCUCACGAAUCUCCAGGAACCAGCUCCUGAGAGACCGGGCAUCUCAGCUGGCGGAUGAACGCAGUGGGAUGAGCACAGAUGAGGAGACCAACACUGACAUGCUGAUGGGUCGGUACUGGAGUCGAACAGAGAGGAGGGAACACUUUCUGUUGGCCCGAGAGCAGAGGCAGCAGCAGGCCAGAGGAGGUAUGAUACGAGACGCCGUCAGGGUAGGAGCAGUUGCAGGAGGAGGAGGAGGAGCCUCUGUUGGAGAUAGAGGUGUGCUGGACAGCAGAGGAGGCGGUGCUUUUGCAGAAGGGCGGUGCAAUACAGUCCUGGAGCUUAGUCAGAGGAAGCUGAGUCGUCUGAGGAAUAGGAAGAUGUUGGAUGAUUGGACGACAGUAGAAGAGCUGCUGACUCAUGGUACCAGGCUAAACACCCAGGAGGACAUGCUGUGUCCCAGCUCCUUGCUGACAGUCACCACCGUCUGAUUGCAUGGACACCACGUCUAACUGUAACUCUGUGUGUGAGUGUGAGUGCGUGUGAUGUGAAGCUAACAACAAUACAUUUUAGCAAAUCCUCCUCUUCUCCAGAGUCAAUGAGAAGAUAGAUAUCAGUUUUAUCUCUAUGCAUCCAGUACAGACAUAGGUUCAGGAUGUUUAACUUAGCUUAGCACAAGGACUGGAAGCAUGGGGGAAGCUAGCCUAGAUCCACAUGCUGAUUUAAUUAAUCCAGGAUAACAUGAUGUUAUCCACCUAAAUUAUCCUGUUAAUUCUUACCCAGAUAACCUGGCUAUUUGAUUACAAUUGGAUUUAUUUGUUCAUUCUGGUUUAAGUCAUCUUAACUAACUGCAUCUGCAUAUCCACAAGGGUCUGAGUGACAACUUUUGUCAACAAGCUAACUCAAAAAUUAUGUCUGCAAUGGUUUCAACAUAUGCUCCUGUCCUUUCAUAUUGCUGUGUGGAUGUCAUUAUGCUGCUUUAAAUGUAUUACUGUACAAAAUAUAUGAACCCACAGCACACUGCACUAUUUGCCAUCCACCCUGAUGUUUUUGGGAUAUUCAGGAACUUCAGUUAUCCAUGUACAGAGAACAGGGUCCUCUUUAUCUCUGUACUUGACGCACAAAAAUGUAACUGAUAUCCAUUUUCUCAUCUAACUGGGGAAGACAAAGAAAAGGAGCAUUUACAGAAAAUGUUGGACUGUUCCUUUAAUGAAUGUGUGCGUGAAAGAGGGAACCUCACUGUCAUCGCUGUACAUCACCUCAAAUGAUAGCUUUAUGUGUGGGUGUGUCACCACUGUACAGCACUCCAGACAAAAUGCGUGUGUCAGUGCAUGACGCUUGUAAUGACAAGCAAACAAGAUCAGAUGAGCGUGGGUGUUCACAUCACGUGUUUCAUGCUUAUGCUACAUUUAUUUCACAGAAUCUUUGGCAAAAUUACAAAAAUUUGGGCUUGGACUCAAAUCUACAAACAGAACCAUGAGAUUUCGGGGAGCAAUACUGUUCUGCGUGAUGUACCUGGCUGUGCACUAACAAUAGAUCACAUACAACUGCUUUUACAUCAGGGUCACAGAACACAUCAACUGUAGCAAUGCGGACAAUGACAACUGAGAUUUGAUACCAAAUCCUGAAUGGUUUUUUAUAGAAACUCUGUUUACAAUUAAAAUAUCAAUUGGUGGGGGGUUUUGUCACGAAAAUGAUGAAAAAAAAAUGCGACCUGAUUCACUUGCUUGUGCAUAACUAGUAAAACUGUGUUGAUCAGGUAUGGAAAAAAAAUGUGCCACAGAGGUUUGCAGAGGAUUUCCACCAAAGCUGAAAUCUCUAUAAUCAGAUGCUGUAGUGUUUGGGAUGAAGUUCAUGCUGCAUUCAUGUGAUAUUGUUUAGACAGUACUGAGCUGAGUGGGAAAAAAUGUUCACACCAACUUCCAAGUUGUAAUUCUGAGUUAGAUAUAUCAGGAAUUUCUGAUAUCUAUGAUAUCUCCUACCUGAUGAAAAGUACUAAAGAAAUGUCACUAAAAACAGUGGCAAGAUGGCUGCAAAACUACAAUCACUGGUAGUUAUACCGAAAUAAAAUCCAAUAUUAAUGAUACAACUGAUCAUUAACUGAUACAAUCGAUUAGGAAAAUUAAGUCAAGUCAAGUCAAUUUUAUUUGUAUAGCCAAAUAUCACAA